AUGAUACGCACAACUGGCGCCUGGGCUCGCGCAAGCUCACGGCGCACAGCACAAAACGGACACGCUUAUCCUCGGAACCCCAACAACGCUUCCGGAAAUGCCACGCAUUUCGACUUCGUCGCACAACGAGCGUCUCAUACGCAUGUACUACGCCGGUACAAUGCAACGAAGCCUCCAGGUCAGAAGGCGCCUGCGACUGCCACAACUAUACCCGGUCCCAGCUGGCUCUGGCUCGAACCCGUCAUUGAGCCCUUCCGCGCAUACGGGCGUGUUCAACAAAGAAAACCGUACCUAACGCAGCUCGUGAGCUCGCUGGUGAUCUACUUCGUGGGCGACCUGGUCGCUCAGAGUAUCGCUGCGCCAGAGGAGAAAGAGGUCGUAGAAGAAGAGGAGGAGGAGGAGGAGGAGGAAAGAGGAUGGGUGCAGCAGUGGAGCGAAGACCGCGAUUGGGCACGCACAGGCAGAGCGCUGGUCAUUGGAGGACUCAGCAGUAUACCGAGUUACAAGUGGUUUCUGUGGCUCAGCAUGAACUUCAACUACUCCUCCAAGAUCCUGAGUCUGACAACCAAGGUCGUUGUCAACCAGAUUCUUUUCACACCCAUCUUCAACUCAUACUUCUUCGGCAUGCAGACCCUCCUUGCGGGCGCCUCGUUCGACGAGAUUGUAGAGCGCAUCAAGAACACUGUACCAACUAGCUGGAUCAACAGCUGCAAGCUCUGGCCCGCGAUCACAGCAUUCAGUUUCACAUAUAUCCCGAUUCAGUACAGGAGCAUCUUCGGAGGCGUGAUCGCAAUCGGGUGGCAGACGUACCUGAGUUUGCUGAAUCAAAGGGCGGCUGCGCAGGAAAAUAUUGAGCAGGACGGUACUGCGAAGCAUAUCCCGGCGACGGUGGCAGUUCAAGAGCGUGAGGAGAGGAGAAGUGAGAAGGAGAAGUGCGCUGCAUAA